UCGAAAUUAAUAAAAUAUUAUAAUGGCCACAACAUUGUCUCAAGAGUACCAGACGUAGGCCCACUCCUCAUUGAUGAAAGACCAAAGAAGAAUGGUUAAAAGAAAAUUACUUCAUUUGCCUUAUUUAUAGUGGCGUCAGCCUGUUCGCCAGCAAAGGCACACACUCACACAAAAUAUAUUGGGAUCAUCUAGAGAUGUUUUAGUGCAUUAGCAUUCUACUCUCUAGAUCCCAAUUCUCAUCAGCAGCUACAAUCUCCAAGUACUGAUAGUAGCAGCCGUUUGUUGCAGCUAUGGUUGCAGCCAAUAAAACUCAUAUAAAGCCCCAUGUUGCAGUCCUGCCAAGCGUCGGCAUGGGCCAUCUGAUUCCCCUCCUUGAGCUAGCUAAGCGCCUAGUGGUUGAACAUGGCAUGCGUGUCAGCUUACUCGUCAUUACCACCAAUGCACCCUUAGCUGCACAGGAGCAACUCCUUUGCUCUCCCGACCUCCACAUCGUCAAACUUCCCCCUGUUGAUGUUGACAAGGUGAUCAGCAGCGACAUAGAUAACGUGCUUGUCCUAACCCGGCUCUGUCUCAUUACAGAGGAGAGCCUUCGGUCCCUGAAGUCGGUCCUCGUUGCUUUGGGAAAACCAAGAGCUCUCGUUACGGACUUGUUCACUACACAAGCUUUUGAUGUUUGCAAUGAACUUUCAAUUCCUGCCUACUUGUUUUCUACUACAUCUGCUGCCUUCUCCGCCUUCGCACUAUUCCUGCCGAAGCUUGACAGUGAUGUUGAGUGUGAAUUCAUUGAUCUUCCGGAACCGAUUCAGGUCCCAGGUUGUAUUCCUGUUCGGACUGAAGACCUGCUAGACCAGGUUCGCAACAGGAAAAUUGACGAGUACAAAUGGUUCUUCUUUCAUAUUAGUCGGUUGCCUUUAGCCUCUGGGGUGUUUCUCAAUUCCUGGGAGGAUCUUGAACCUGUGUCACUGAAAGCCAUAAAAGAGAACCCCUUCUUCAGGCAGAUACCAACACCUCCUGUCCAUCCGGUUGGACCCUUGAUCAAGCAAGAAGAAACACUAAGCACAUCAGAUGUUGAGUGUCUGGAGUGGCUGGACAAGCAACCACCUGAUUCAGUUCUCUUCGUGACACUCGGCAGCGGUGGGACUUUAUCACUGGAGCAGCAGACUGAGUUGGCUUGGGGUCUAGAGCUGAGCCAACAAAGAUUCAUAUGGGCGGUAAGGAAGCCGACGGAUGCGACCGGUGCAGGCUCAUUUUUCGACGUAGGAAGUGAAGAGAAUGACCCCAAAGCUUAUUUGCCCGAAGGGUUCUUGAGCAGGACUCAAGGUGUGGGAUUAGUGGUGCCAUCAUGGGCUUCACAAGUUGCCAUACUUGGCCAUCCAUCAACAGGCGGAUUCCUAUCUCACUGCGGAUGGAACUCUUCCCUGGAAAGCAUAGCUCACGGUGUGCCAAUGAUCGCAUGGCCUCUUUAUGCUGAGCAAAGAAUGAACGCCGCAAUGCUGGUGGAGGAUGUUGGAGUAGCUGUUAAGCCAAAAGUGGAGCCAGGACGGACCAUUGUUGGACGACAAGAGGUAGAUAGAAUGGUGAGGAUGGUGAUGGACGGUGAAGAAGGGAAGACUAUUCGGAAGAGGGUUAAGGAACUGAAAGAAAGUGCUCCCAAAGCACCGGAUAUCAGCGGGUCUUCCUAUGAUUCACUCUCUUCUGUGGCCAAGCAAUGGAAGACUGAUGACCUUGGUCCUUGAAGCCAGUACAAAAUUUUGAAAUUAAUGUAUGUCUUGUAGGUGUGUCAUGUCGUCCCUGUCCCUGCUUGCUUUGACAUGGUUCGAGUGACAUGUUUUAUUGCAGUCAAUGUUCAAAUUAUAUAUAUCCUACAAUAAUUGAAGAUCGGGAUCCUCUAUUUCUUCAAUAAAACUACCCCGGCUACAAGUUUGUACUUUACCACAA